AUGGUUACCGAUCUAAGAUGCUUGGAAAGUAUUAGGCGCAAGUGCGUUUACACAAGAAGCGUCCGGCUUGCGCUUUUUUCCCCCCCGCAGAACAAGAGGCUGGGGCAGACAAGGGAUUAG